UGAGGAUUAGGAAUUGAUUAGAGACACGCUAUUUGGCCACCCGGGACUCAGACAACGGCGACGAUGAUGACCUACGACCCCGACAAAUGGAUCGCACAGCUGAUGGACUGCCAACAUCUGCCCGAACAAGACAUGAAAAUCCUCUGCGACACCGUCCGAGCCAUCCUCCUCGAGGAAUCCAACAUCCAGCCUGUAUCGUCACCAGUCACCAUCUGCGGCGACAUUCACGGCCAGUUCUGGGACCUCCUCGAACUGCUCAGGAAAGGCGGAAGCGUGCCAGAGACGAGCUAUAUCUUCAUGGCACAUUUCGUCGACCGGGGCCACUACAGUCUCGAAACCGUGUCAUUACUCCUAGCACUCAAAGCAAGGCAAGCUGUUCCGAUCAUGACUAGGCCCCUAUCAUAUCCCGAUAAGGUCACGUUGUUGCGGGGCAAUCACGAAAGUCGACAAAUCACCCAAGUAUACGGGUUCUAUGACGAAUGUCAACAAAAGUACGGAAGCGCCGCAGUAUGGAAAGCUUGCUGUAACGUGUUCGACUAUCUGAACCUCGCUGCAAUUAUCGACGGAGAAACUUUAUGUGUACACGGCGGACUCUCUCCAGACAUACGGACUCUCGACCAAAUUCGCGUACUUUCAAGAGCCCAGGAGAUUCCUCACGAAGGCGCAUUCUGCGACCUCAUGUGGUCAGAUCCUGACGACAUCGAUAAUUGGGCUGUAAGUCCCCGCGGUGCUGGCUGGCUCUUCGGCGGAAACGUAACUCGAGAGUUCAACCACGUCAACUCACUCAGUCUUAUCGCCCGCGCCCACCAACUCGUUCAAGAAGGCUACAAAUACAUGUUCGACAACGCCCUAGUCACCGUAUGGUCCGCACCUAAUUACUGCUAUCGAUGUGGGAACAUGGCAUCGGUGUUAACACUGAGAGAAGGUGGGGAGCAUGAAUUCAAGGUAUUCGGUCCGGCUCCCGAGAAUGAGAAGGAUAAGGGGAUGGGCAGGCGGAAUCCCGGAAUGCAAUAUUUUGUAUAGUUAUGCUGUAUCUUGUUUAUUGCUGUCGGAUAUACCAGUCUUCUUGCUCUCGACAGGACUGAAGAGCUGUGAAUGGAUGACGCGGAUCGCGCGGCGUUCUCUGCGACUGCAACCUACGCUCGGAGUAGGUAUGUACACUAAUUCGAUUCUACCAAAUCACAAGGUCAAGAUUUCCAUCAGGCUUACUUAUUCCUUUGCUAGCAGAUUCAGACGUGGCGUCUCCGUCGCCCCAUCAUCGUAUCCCCGAGCAUGAAUAUGGUUGGGUAAGUAACAACAGGUGCACGAAGAACAAUAAGACAGGAGGAUGGUGGGCCUUGUGCUACCGUCAUAUCCCCCGUCUCCACUGUCUUCUCUCUCGAAUGAAGGGCUGUCACGAUGACGGCCUCGAGGGAA